UUGAAGCAUAGGAUUAUUUGUGAUAUAAAGGAUGAGGUUUGGAUUAAUUACUGUGGCAUGCCGGUUUGUUUUGGCAUGAAGGAUUUUGCCAUAGUGACCGGAUUGAGAUGUUAUCCUUGUGAGCCUCUUCCUACUGUUGUAUUAACCAAGCCAGCCCAGACUCCCAAGGCAGCCAAGAAAGCAAAGGGUUCCGAAACUAAGAAUGAUGUCUCUUUGGUAAACUUAGUGGGAAAGAGCUACAUUCAAAAGAAAUUGUUGCAAGAUUUGGAGUCCAAAACUUUCUCAAAAAAGCACAAGGAGGCACUGUGCUUAGUUUGGUUUGUGCACGGUGUUCUUUGGGCAAGAGACCUAAACACCAACGCACCGCUUGGACUGAUUAAACUUGCUGAGGACUAUGAUGCUUUCAACAACUAUGCCUGGGGUUUUAAAAGCUUUAGCUUGACUGUUGAAUAUUUGAUAAAGGAUUUGAAGCUAACGGGGAAGACACAAAACCUAUAUGGCUUCCCUUGGGCUUUCAUGGCUUGGGCAUUCGAAGUCAUUCCUCACCUCAGGCAUCAAGUCAAGGAAUACUUCGAAGAAGUUACUUAUCCAAGAAUUCUUAGAUGGCUCACUGCCAGGAACAACACAAAAUUGACUGUUGACCUUUUCAACUCCCCUAAGGAAGCUGUAAGCAUUAGAACACAACAGAUGACUAGUUGUUGCAACAGCUUUGGUAAUCUGCUGCAAUAAAAUAUGCAUCUGUUGCAAUGUCCAACAGAUGAUUAACCUGUUGCAACAAGUUACCCAAUAGAUGAAUCUGUUAUAACAUGCAACUAGUUUUUUACAACAGAUGAGUAACCUGCUGCAACAAGUUACCCAUCUGUUGGAAAAUGUCCAAUAGAUGAUAAACUUGCUGCAACAAGUUACCGAUCUGUUGGAAAAUCUCCAACAAGUACCACAUCUGUUGCAACAGAUCACUUUAUUUGCUAAUUUGAUAACUUCUGAAUCUGUUACAGUAAGUUUUUACAACAAGUACAAUAAUCUGUUGCAACAAGUUAUUAAUCUGUUGGACAAUAUCCAACAGAUGAGUAACCUGCUGCAACAAGUUACCCAUCUGUUGGAAAAUGUCCAACAGAUGAGAUACCUGCUGCAACAAGUUACCUAUCUGUUGGACAAUGUCCAACAGAUGUGUAACCUUUUGCAACAACCUGAUAACUUAUUUUAAAUAGGUUUUGCUUUUUAUGAUUUAGCACCAUUUUGAUAUAUCUACUUUCUUGUUGUAGGUUGUGAACCCAUGGCUUGUCCCAACAAUAAGAGAGUUGGAGAUGCCAUAC